CUCCUUCGGCGGGCUCCCGGCGACGCUGGCAGCGGCGUUCCGGCACCGAGAUGGCGGCAGCCGCGGAGAUAACGGCCCUGGGGCGAUGCUGGCUCUGGCUGCUGCUGGGGCUGCAGGCGAUAAGCGUAUAUGGAGCACAGUUGUCGUCAGAAGCUUGCAGAGAGCUGGGCUUCUCCAGUAACCUGCUGUGCAGUUCUUGCAACCUUCUUGGACAGUUCAAUCUGAAUCAGUUGGAUCCAUUCUGCAGGCAGUGCUGCCAAGAAGAAGCUCAGCUGGAAACCAGAAAGCUUUAUGCAGGAGCUAUCCUAGAAGUAUGUGGAUGAAAACUGGGAAGGUUCCCUCAAGUCCAGGCUUUUGUCAGGAGUGAUAAGCCAAAACUCUUCAGGGGACUACAAAUCAAGUAUGUGCGUGGUUCUGACCCUGUACUGAAGCUGCUGGAUGACAGUGGGAACAUUGCAGAAGAGCUGAGCAUCCUCAAGUGGAAUACCGAUAGUGUGGAAGAAUUUCUAAGUGAAAAGUUAGAUCGUCUAUAGAUCACUGCUUUCAGAACUCUUUCCUUUGUCAUGCUUUGGCUUGGUAAUCUCAGAUGAAGCGUGCUAGAGUUGAAAAACAUUCCAGCCACUAUAUUAAUUAUAAAAUAUCUGUUGUGCUGUAAUAAACAUCUUGUCAUUUGAAGGGGAAGCUUCAUCACACCUCUCUGACAAGUUGACAAACAAUAUCUUGUCUGAAUAUAUUUCAGCUCUUAAUGCAUUUGUCAUUAAAAAAAUGCUUUGUUUGACAGUUAAUUAUACAAAUACCAGUUUGUUGUCAUUAGACCUGUUUUCACAAAUGCUCUUAAAUUGAAGAGCUUCAAAUAAUUGAAAUUAUUAGGAUGCUUUUUUGUCCGCUGCUUGUUUGUAAGGAAGUCAGAACCAAAUUCAAUGUUUCUAGCUCCCAAAGAAACUUGGCUGUCCAUGCCCUCUUCUUUUUUGUAUUUGAACUGUCCUUUUUAUAGAAGUUUGUUUACCGUAUCUAGUCUGCAGGUUUUGAAGCUGAUGGAGGAACUCAUGCUCUGGUACUGUGAAACAUUUAGUAAGUACACUUUAGUGAAGACUACAUAGAAAACCUUUGAGGUGUAUGGAAGUCAGAUGUCAGGUGUGCUUUACAUUAAGUGUUUUGCAUCAGAAAACAUGAGCUAUCAAGUCUUGAAAAACCUUGUCUUCCAACGUUCACAAGUUUAUUGGAAGUCUGUUUAGCAAAUGAUUGAAAUUUAUGUCCACAGGAAGUACAGACAGUAUGUAUGGUAAUGAGUCAAAGCCAUUAUGACUUGUAAGGUUUUUCCACCUGGAGUGAAUAAAUAUGGUAAGCAAGAA